CUUGGGAGUUGAAACCAGUAAACAGAAGUAAUGAAAAUUGCAAUAGUUAACAAGCUGAGCUUCUCAGCUUCGAUUUUUCUUUAUUUUUUGUGUAGUUUGACGGUUUCAGGAUUGGAAGACGGAGUCGGUGAUAUGUCAGAAGAAGCAGUCGGCAGGUGCUGGUACGCUAUUACCUGUAAAUUAGGAGAAGAAGCAUAUAAGAAAUCUUGGUCUUGUAUUGAGACUGCUACAGAAGAAGAACUUCUAAAAGUGUUUGAAUGGUACAAAGAAUUCGAUCCUCCAAUUACAUAUAAAUCUGAGAAUAUAGAUGACCGCAUGAGGCAAUUGUGUGAAAGUGAUACUGAGACACAAGAUAGAUAUUUCCAAUUCUUUGUACAGCGUUUAAUCGAUAUGAUGUCGGAUUACUGUUACAACCCUUACAAGCAAGAAUUAUGCAACAGGUGGACUUUAGUAAAAGUACGUGUAUUGAUUUUCAGACAUUCCUGUACAAUCUCUUCUAUAUUACAGUUGUGUU